AACAUAACCUCACUUUCCUUAAAAUUCCUUAAAGCGAAACGUUUACUUUAAAUACAAUUCUGUUGUAAUAAUGACAUUCGAUCAACUAGAAAACGAAAAUCCUAAUGUUUUCAAUAAAACUGAGGAUCGCCUUGUGACAAUUGACGAAGAGGAUGACACUAUUGUCGACGAGUUUGAUAGAAGGGAAAUUUUUGAUUUAAUUCGUGACAUCAACGAUCCAGAACAUCCUUUAUCGUUGGAAGAACUUCGAGUUGUGCAGGAGGAUUUAAUAUAUGUUGACAAUGAGAAUAAUAUUAUCGACGUCAACUUUACUCCAACUAUUCCUCAUUGCAGUAUGGCUACAUUAAUUGGAUUGUCAAUUCGCGUGAAACUUUUAAGAAGUUUACCUGCAAGAUUUAAAGUAAAAGUUGUCGUUACACCUGGCACUCACAAUGCUGAAAAUUCAGUAAAUAAACAACUAGCUGAUAAAGAGAGAGUUGCUGCAGCUUUAGAAAACUCUAAUUUGAUAAAAGUCAUUAAUCAGUGUAUCGUGUCAAGAGAACGAGCUUAAAAAUGCCUGAAAUCACUUUAACCCACUUACCUCUACCAGUGACUCAAACAGACAGGAUAAAUAAAUUGAAAAAAUUUUUUAGGAAAGUAGUCAAAUUUAAUCAAAUGGAUUUUCAGUUUGCAUCAUGGCAAAUUUGUUAUCUUUUCAUGGCACCACAAAAAUUGUCUAAAAUAUUUAGAGCACGCAAACAAUCUAAAUCACAAUAUGCCAGGGAUGAUCCGGCAUUUCUGGUUUUUUGCAUCAGCAUUCUUUUAUUGGAAUCUGUUGUGUUUGGUAUAUCUUUUAAAUUAACGUUUUACAAGUAUCUAAAAUUUUUAUUCAUUUUCAUACUUUGUAACUUCUUAGGAAUUGGAUGUAUUAUUACCACCUUCAUAUGGUCAUUAACAAACACAAUAUUGAAUUUUGGGGGUAAUCACAUAGAAUGGGGGUAUUCUUUUGACAUUCAUAUAAAUGCUUUAUUUGUACCAUUAGUUUUUCAUCAAUUGAUGCAAAUUGUUUAUUAUUUUUGGUCAAAUAAUUAUCCCUACCUGAUUAUGAUUUUAGGAAAUACCAUCUAUGGUCUUAGUGCUAUUUAUUAUAAUUAUAUAACAUUUUUGGGGUAUAAUAUAAUUAAUCCACUGGAAAGUAGUAAACUUUUAUUAGCACCAAUUCCAUGGAUUUUACUUUUCUAUAUACUAUUCAUAAUUUUUAAUAUAAAUAUUGCAGGCCUAUUGUUUUACUUGUAUACUUCAUAUAUUGUUUAAUAAUAAAUUGAUUACAACAUGUCAAAGAA